ACUCGGUCCCUCCACCUCUUUCUGCCAAAGUGCAUCGCCAAUGUGCUCCGCCUGUAAUGGAUACUAUCAUUACUCUCUUCAGACUGGUCGCAAUGUCUGAAAGUGGGUAAAUCUGGGAACAAUACGUUGAUCACUGGACCUUUUUGGAGGGGAUAUUGGCGUGGCGCAAGGUUAAUGUUAAAGAAGAAAAAGCCCCCAGAAACGAUCCUGUCAUUUCGCACGGCUUCAUGUAUUUCCUGAUCAUUGUCUGUCCUUUAGCUGUCUUCACCUACUUUCCUCCUCUGCGUUAAACCAGAUACAGGACAGACAGCAUUGCCAUGGACACAGAGUCCAUCCACUCUGGUUAUUCCCACCACUCCAACAGGUCACGGGGGUCAAACAAACAGAGUGAACGCAGCGGCAGGGAUCGGCACAAAUCACACAGCCGAGACAGCAGCAGCCGAUCAGACAAAAAUGUCACCAUUAGCGCGUCGUCAGCCCAACCCCCGCAGCCGGAUCAAAGCUCCGCCCCCACAGACGCCCAGGAUGAUAACUGGGGCGAGACCACCACGGCGGUCACUGGAACAUCAGACCACAGCUUGUCUCAGGAGGACCUGGCUGGCUUCGGAAAAGAGACUGAAGGUCCGGUAGAGAAACUGAACUGUGUACGCUUUCUUCCUUUGGUUCUAACCCUUGUCCUGGGCCUGCUCGUCCUUGUCACGCCCCUGGCCUUCCUGGUGCUGCCCCAGCUUGUGUGGCCGGAGCGUCUGCAGGCCUGCGGCACCGCCUGCGAGGGCCUGUUUCUCUCGCUGGCUUUCAAACUUCUCAUACUGCUGCUGGCCGGCUGGGCACUGUUUGUGCGACCGGUGCGCGCCUCCCUGCCCAGGAUAGCAGUGUUUCGCGCUCUCCUCGGACUGCUCACGCUCCUCCUGCUGCUUUCCUAUUGGCUGUUCUUUGGAGUGCGCAUUUUGGACUCACAGGAUGAGAACUACCAGGGCAUAGUGCAGUUUGCAGUGUCGUUGGUGGACGCUUUGCUGUUCAUCCAUUACCUCGCUGUGGUUUUGCUGGAGAUCCGUCAUCUACAGCCGUACUUCUCUGUGUGUGUUGUGAGAUCCACUGACGGAGAGACUCGCCACUACAACCUGGGACAACUCAGCAUUCAAAGGGCAGCUCUAGAAAUUCUGGAACACUAUUACAAGGAUUUCACAAUUCACAACCCUGCCCUACUGACAGCUGCUAAGACCAGGGCAGCUAAACAUCUGGCUGGUCUGAAGGUCUAUAAUGUGGAUGGUGCUGGUAGCGACGCGGCAACCUCUCAGUCUCGAGCUAAAAUAGCAGCUGCCGCCCGACAAAGAGACACCAGCCACAAUGAGCUGUACUAUGAAGAAGCUGAGCAUGACCGACGGGUCCGCAAACGCAGGGCACGGCUGGUGGUGGCUGUAGAAGAGGCGUUUACGCAUGUUAGACGGUUGAAAGAGGAAGAGAUAAAGAAACCUCCUGGAGACGAGAUGGAUCCACGUGAGGCAGCACAAGCCAUCUUUCCGUCAAUGGCACGAGCGUUGCAGAAAUACUUGAGGACCACACGGCAACAACACUGCCACAGCAUGGACAGCAUUCAGGCCCACCUUGCGUUCUGCAUUACAAACAACAUGACCCCUAAGGCAUUUCUGGAGAGUUAUCUGAACGCUGGGCCCACACUGCAGUAUGGCAGAGAGGGCUGGCAGGCUCGGCAGUGGACGUUGGUCAGCGAAGCAUCUGUCACCAGUCCUCUCCGUCAUGGCACUGAGUUCCAUCUCAAAUCUUCUGACUUCUGCUUGGUGGUCACCAGUAAAUCUAUCCCUCAUCUUAAACUCAGUGAAGAGUACGUCCACCCCAAGUCUCACAAGUUUGUACUGCAACUGCAGUCCGAGACCUCUGUCUGAUGGAUUGAUUUUUGUUUUUGUCCAUUUCAUUUUUUACACUUGUAAAUUUUGGACUUCUAUUUUAUUUUUAAUUCUUUUUCACUUUUUUCACAGUUUAUAAAUGGCAUUUUACAUACUGGAUGUAUUUUGAUACAAUAUUUGUUAUCGUCAGGAAAAGAAAAAAAAGAAAAAAUUCAUGUAUGUAUUGAAUGGCGCCGGCAGGUUUGAUUAUGCAUUUGUGCUGUCAAUGUGUUACAUUCUGCAUAGAGUAAAUGCUAAGCAUCAGACUUUAUGGGGAGUUUUGUUUUUCAUAUCUGUGUUUGUGUGUGUGCGUGUGGCUUGAAUGUUUUUAUACAUUGACCACUACUAAAGAUGAGCACUUACGGAUUUCUGAACUUGAAUUGAAUCUUGGUAUAAACGGCUUCUCACAAUGGGUAGGUGAAAGAAUUAUCAGUUAUCUUGUUGUGCUUUGCUAAACAUACAUGAUCACUUUAAGACCGCUGAAUUGUUUGAAUUCAACCACUGAGAACAAUGUCUUUUAAAUGAAAACAGUUUAACUUUUUCUUUGUGAUUAAUAAACUGUGAUUUGUCAUU